CUUAGGGUUUGAGGUUCCUUCCAAAACGGGGCUGGCUACUUUAGCCCCUCCCAUGAGCCUGAGGGUCUGUUAUAUCUCUGUUCCUUGAGUACCUCUCUGGCUGAGACGGAACACAGCAAGCAGAGGCUUAAAAAAAAAAAAGCACAAAGAAGAAGAAACAAAAGCUGCCAGUUAUGGAGGACACAAAGGACUCUGAACUGAAGAGAUGUUGCUCCAAAAAUAUACUGAUCAUCCUAGGCUUCUCUUUCCUCAUAGCUAUAAUAGCUUUGAUUGCUGUGGGGAUGACCCAGAACAAACCCUUGCCAGAAAAUAUCAAGUAUGGAGUGGUGCUGGAUGCAGGCUCUUCUCAUACCAGUAUAUACAUCUAUGCAUGGCCGGCAGAAAAGGAGAAUGACACUGGUGUGGUACGUCAGCUAGACGAGUGCACCGUGAAAGGUCCAGGAAUUUCAAAACAAGCUGAAUAUUUAGACGAUCUAGAGAUGUAUAUGUCUGAAUGCAUGGAAAAGGCCAUGCACGUGAUUCCGCAGUCCCACCACCAAGAUACACCUGUUUACCUGGGAGCCACAGCAGGCAUGCGAUUACUCAGUGCAGAAAAUAGAACACAGGCCAGAAUUAUCAUGGAUAAAGUGACACACACCCUCAACAAAUUCCCCUUUGACUUACGAGGUGCCAGAAUCAUCACCGGUGAAGAAGAAGGUGCUUAUGGGUGGAUAACAAUCAACUACCUGAUGGGUGAAUUCACUCAGAAAUCAAGUUGGUUUAACUUCAACACAGAUGAAAAUAGUUUUGAAACGUCUGGAGCUUUAGACCUUGGAGGUGCCUCUACACAAAUUACUUUUCAGCCCUUCCUAAAUGACACUUACGAGUCUCCAAAAAACAUGCUAUACUUUUAUCUCUAUGGCAAGUAUUAUAGUGUCUACACACACAGCUUUUUGUGUUAUGGAAAGGAUCAAGCACUCUUGCAGAAAUUGGCCAAGGGCAUUCAGGGUACAAAUGGAAUCCUCUAUGACCCAUGCUUUCAUGAUGGCUAUGAGAGGGUAAUGAACAUGAGUGACAUUUUCAAGACCUCCUGCACCCAGAAAUUUUAUAUGGCAUAUCCAUUCAAUCAGAUUAAAAUCAUUGGCGCUGGGAAUUAUGACAAAUGUUAUGCAAGCCUCCAUGAACUCUUCAAUACCAGUUUUUGCUUUUAUUCUUCCUGUUCUUUCAAUGGGGUUUACUUACCAAAACUCAAAGGCAAUUUUGGAGCAUUUUCAGCUUUUUACUAUGUAUUGGAGUUUUUAAACUUUACAUCAUCAGAAGUCCCUAAUAAGGAUACACUUGCUAACAUCUUGAGAGAGUUCUGCUCUAGGCCUUGGAAUGAGCUGAAGAAACAAUAUAAAAAUAUAAAGGAGAAUUACCUGAGUGAAUAUUGCUUUGCUGGAACCUAUAUUCUCACUCUCCUUCACAAAGGCUAUCACUUCACAAUGGAUACCUGGAAUAGAGUUCAUUUCAUGGACAAGAUACAGAACAGCAGCGUCGGGUGGAGUCUGGGCUACAUGCUGAACCUGACCAACAUGAUUCCAGCAGAGCAACCAGUUUCCAGGCCUCUUUCCAACUCCACUUACGUCUUCCUCAUGGUCUUCUUCUCUUUGAUCCUGGUUGUCGUGGUCAUUCUUGCCUUGCUCAUCUUUCACAAGCCUUCAUAUAUCUGGAAAGACAUAGCAUAGCAGGAGCAGUUGAAACCUACUGGCUGGAGCAAGAGGAAAAAGAAAAAAAACCAAAAACUUGUCCAGGGAGCAUCUUCUGCCAUAGUGGUAUGCAAGGUUAUCAUCCUUGUUCACCAAACCCAGUCAUGACAAGCCUGAAGCUUCCUUGGUUUUUGCUGAAGCCUUCAUGGGAAAUAUCUCACUAUCUUUUGCCUCAAGGACUUCUGACAGACAUUUCUCUUUUGUGAGUCUCAGACAUGCCCCCCCCCACCACUUUCUCUUUGUGCAUUUUGCUUGUGUAAUUCUUAAAGACUUUAGGCUUUUCAUGAUCUUUGUUUUAUAAAAAACAGACAAACAAACAGACUAUAUUGACUUUGUCCAGGAUAACUAAAAAAUCCUCAGUCCUGUGAUAGGAAGUUGUGCUAGUUAGAAAGAAAUUCUCAGGAACUGGUUUGAUUGUGUCCUAACAGGCUUCUUCUCUCUUGUUUCUCACUUAUUUAGAAAGCCAUACAAUGCUUGGAAAGGGCUGACUUCCAGACCAUUUUUCCAGCUUUCUAAACUAAGUAAAUAUGUGCUAGGGCCAAAGAGUCUGUCAAAGGGGAUGUAUGGAUGUGCUUAGACACUUCUUAUAUGAUGCUUAACCCAGGAUAAACAGGGAUGUGACAGCUACAUAUCCCUGGGUGAGGCCAAAAUUCUAGAGUCAAACCCUCAGAUUAGAGAUUUCUUUUUUUUGUAAGCUGAUCACAAACAGGUAUUCUGUUAUCAGGACAUACUACAUGGUAGUUAUAUACAUGUCAAAGAGAACAUUAGUUAUGACUCAGGGUUGGAAAAUGCAUCUUUCAAUAUAUCUGUUGGAGUUUUUAUUGUGAUACAUUAUAUGUAUAUGUAUAUGUAUAUGUAUAUGUAUAUGUAUAUGUAUAUGUAUAUGUAUAUGUAUAUGUAUAUGUAUAUGUAUAUGUAUAUGUAUAUGUAUACACACACAUAUAUAUAUACAUAUAUAUAUCAUGAAAUUCACCAUUUUAACUUUUACAACUUAGUGGUAUUUGAUUCUUUACAAAAAUGGACAACCAUCACCAUUAACUAAUUCUAGAAUAUAUUUUAUGAUCAUGAAAUUGACUACAGACAAGACUGUUUUGGGGUAGGUCAAACUUUUACUAACUUUCCAGUUGAAAAUUAAACUUAUUAACCAAUUGUACCACAAA